GGAGGAGAGAGAGAGGAUAGUAGAGGAGCUGCCGCGGUGCUAUUUAACAGAGAACCGGAGAGCAGCAAGACAACAGACAGCAGCAGCAGCAGCAGCAGCAGCAAGGAGCAACCGGAGCAGUUUCAGCACCAGGACAGCGACUAGUAGCCCAACAACACUCACUACUCUCUUCUCUACUCUACUCUACUCUACUCUACCUACCAGCACCAGCAGCACCAUGGUUCUCAUCUGGACUCAGUUCGGUGUUAAGCACAAAAAUGUUAAUGUCAAGUGCAAAGUGCGAGUUAUGCACAGAGGUGACAGCUCCGGAUCAGCAUCAUCAGCUGAUAGCACCAAGUCUGAGCAGGAAACGCCCUGCCUGGCCAUCAAACCCACCGGCAAGGACUUCUACAAAGUCCUGGGCGUCUCCUCCGACUCCAACGAAGACGAGAUCAAGAAGGCCUACAGGAAGAUGGCUCUCAAGUUCCACCCGGACAAGAACAGCGACGCGGACGCAGAAGACAAGUUCAAAGAGAUCGCAGAGGCCUACGAGAUCCUGACUGACCCCAAAAAGAGGAGCAUCUAUGACCAGUUUGGAGAAGAAGGUCUUAAAAAUGGAAUGUCAAUGGCGGGCCAAGGCAACGCUUUCCGCAAUAACUUCCACACCGACCCCCACGCCACCUUCUCCUCCUUCUUCCACGGCUCCGACCACUUUGACAUCUUCUCCGGCAACGACGCCGACGCCGAAGAAGACCUCUUCAACCCCUUCAGGCGCUUCCCCUUCAGCCACGUGGGCGGGUUCUCCGAGGGCGGCUUGCGGAGGGGCCAGCGGCGGCUGCAGGGCGACGAGGUGGUGCACGACCUGCUGGUGACCCUGGAGGAUGUGAUGCAGGGCUGCACCAAGCACGUCAAAAUCACCCGCAGCCGCCUCAACCCGGACAGCCGCAGCCUGCGCUCCGAGGAGAAGGUGCUGAACGUGGUGGUGAAGAAAGGCUGGAAAGCGGGGACCAAGAUCACCUUCCCCAGGGAGGGAGACGAGACGCCCGACAACACCCCGGCGGACGUCACCUUCAUUCUCAGGGACCAGGAGCACACGCAGUACAAGAGGGACGGCUCCAACAUCGUCUUCACCGCCAAGAUCACCCUCAAGGAGGCUCUCUGCGGCUGCACAGUUAACGUCCCAACACUUGACAACCGGAUGAUGCCUCUACCGUGCAGCGAUGUUAUCAAACCAGGUGCCGUGCGGCGGCUGCGUGGCGAAGGUCUGCCCAUGCCCAAGAGCCCGUCCCAACGUGGCGACUUGGUGGUGGAGUUCCAGGUGCUCUUCCCCGACAGGAUCCCGCCACAGUCCCGCGAGAUCAUCAAGCACAGCCUGGCCCAGUGCUAGCCGGCCUUUUCUGACUGACACAGCUUCACCAUGUGUGUAUGUUGUUAUCAAUUCACAAACACAGCCUUGCCCAAGGUGCUAAUAUCACAACCAAUCACAACCUCUUAUUGUGGUUGGAAAUGGCAAGCUUAAGCGGGUUGUAGUUCGGCGAGGAGACGACUUUUCUGCAGGCAUGACGCACAACAACCAUAAUGCCACCUGAGCAGAGAGUUUCAGAGCUGAUGAAUGGCGUCUUUAGUAUCUGAGGGCGUCCAUUGCCUUUCUCUUGAAUGAAAAGGUUAUCUGUACUGUUAUACUUGCAAACCUACAGCAGGAUAUCAGUGUGCUAUUCAAGUCUGUAUAGACUUUCUUAAACCUGAAUGGUAGUGUGAAGAAACAACUUUAUCAUAGUUAUAUGGUGCUCAUAUGACUGAUCUUUUGCAUUGAUUUAUUACAAUAGCAAAUUUUACUUGUGUACAAGGAUCUACUUUGUGUACAAAAUGCAACAAUAUUGUCUCUAAGAGAGAUUCAUCUGUCAAAUGUUCUAUUGAAUUAUUUGAAAUGUUUGUAUUAUAUUCUGCGACGAGCCAGCAGCUGAUGUAUUUAUUACCUGCCAUGUUUGGAAAGCAUGAAAAAUAAAUAAAAAAAAAAAAACAUA